AAUUUUUAUGUUACAAUGCGAGUAAAAAUUCAAUUUUGGUGUACUUUUUAAAGGAAAGAUCGCAUUUUGCCGUUCGAUCCCAUUGUCGUCUCAGCAGGUGGACUUCCCAUUGCUUCCUUCCUUCGCUAGUUCUUUUCACCUUCUCACCAGCCGCUGAUGCUUUCAUUAAUGGCGGAUCGGGCGGUUACACUUGUCGACGUCAUUUGAUUGCCGUUUUUGUCUCUUGCUCAACCCUCAGCGAACUGUUCGGUUCCUGUUCAAUGCUCGAAGCAGAAACUGAUGCAGAGAAGUUGAAACAGAUACACUCAUCUCAUCUCCCUUUACAAUUCUAAUUCUGUUUCCCAAUUCUCUUCUUUGUGUGUUUCUGUUUCCAAUUCCUAUCCUUCGAAUUCUUCAUUCUCUUCUCACCCAAAAAAAAAUCCUUUUCCUUUUCUUCUUGUUGAUACUCCGACUCUGGCUCUAUGAAUAGUUAAGUUUCAGCAUGUUGAUGAAGAAAGAUGAUCUCACGACCAGUAUCUCAGCAUCACAGCCAUGGAGCUUUAUGUGUUUGUUCUUGGGAAAGGUUACUUCCAUAAUUCAUGCAGUUCUGAGAUCAUUAUAGGAAGCAAUUCAGAAUCUAGGAAAGAUAGCUAUUCAGAUAUUAGUUAAUCGGAAAUUAAAUACGAGUCGAAAAGAUUAUCGACAGUACCUUUGCUUUUGCAUCCCAAACCACCAAAGUGUAGUAGAAGAUUAAGGCAGAUGCAAAGAACAUUCCUUUCCAGCCAUGAAUUGAGCUUCCAUGAGUGCAUGUUCAGUAUCAACAACCACCAAGUUUGGAGGAUAAUUCCAAGCAUGAACAAUGGGGAUGAGUUUUUAGUUGAGUGUUCACCGGUUGUUAGAUUGGGAAAUGUAGUAAAGAGGCCUUCUUCAAUCAUGCAUAAUUCAAUAGAAGAGAUGGUGAAGAGAAUUAGUCUUAAGGAAGCCUCAUUGUUUAGAUUAACAAGUAUCAAAGAAAAGAGAAUGAUCAAGAUCGACAAGGUUUUAGAUUCCAAAAACUCGAUGACAGCACUUAUUCACUGUGUUUGGGAGAGUGAUCUUCCCUAUUUCGAGUUUGUUUCGGAUGAUCUUAGAGGUGAAGCUUUUGUGGCAAGUCCUGUUGAAGUUGAAACCGCAGCAAACAAGUCCUUGGAUUAUGUUUAUAUCUUCCAAUUGCCGAAAACAAGUGGAAAUUUAUCGAACAAAAGUGUAAACUUUAGUGAUGCUACACAUGUUGUUGGGAAGAUGACAGUGUCAAGUUCUCUAAUUGUGAGCUUGGACAGAUCCAAGUUCAUGGAAACUGAGUUUGUUUUGUUUGACACAAAAGGAGAACGAUCGAAAGAAAAAGAUACACCUUCAUUCCAAUCCAAAAAUCUCACUGAGAUACUGCCACCAAGAAGUUCACUGAAGCACAAUCCUAAACACAAGUUUGGAGAAUCCAAUUCUGAUCAGUUUGAGUUCCUACCGCAAACAAUCAACGAAUUGGAGCCCCUUACGAAUGGCCUUUUAUCGAAUUUUGAGUCAGCCGCAAUACUUCUCCGAGAUUACGGAUACAAAAGCUCAAAAGUUGAACCUUAUGGUGGUUGGGGCCUCAAGUUCCUUGAGCAAGCAUCAUCAGUACAAAGUCACAAAGAAAGACACAAGGAGUUGAAUGUUCUACUUCCCGCGGGACUACACGGCGGACCGGUUAUUAAACACAGUGGUCCGUUGAGUCUCAUCGAUCGAUGGAAGUCCGGUAGACACUGUGACUGCGGUGGUUGGGAUGUUGGGUGCCCUUUGACAGUGCUGAAAAAUGACUCGGUCUGUUCAAAAGCUGAUAUGGAAGAGGACUCCAAGCCAUUUGAACUUUUCAUAGAGAAUGGAAAGAAGAGUGAUCCAACUCUCAAACUGUUGAACAUGAGCAAAGGGAUUUAUGUUGUGAACUUUGUGCCAACUCUAUCAGCUCUCCAGGCUUUUGCCAUAGCAGUUGCUUUCAUCCAUUCUCAAACACCAGAUUUGUGUCCAAAGCUGUAAACUGAACGAGUACGGUUGGACGAUAUUGCUACUUUUUUUGCACAUCACCGACUGACGCAGUGUCGGCGGGCAAUAGGUUUGAAUCGCAAACCGUUUGAUGUAUGCCAAGUAACUUUGUUGGAAUAGUUUGAUGGUGAUUAGAUCAUUUUGGAUUGUUUAGAUUAGAAACUUUUGACAACUUGAAGCUUGAGUCACAGACUUUUUUGUAGCAUUACUCAAACUUAGUUCAAUCCAACAAUCCAAUUUCAUGUACAUAAAAAGAGUUUCAU